CCAUCCACCGACCCGUCUGCUUCCAUUCACAAGUGGAACUGUGUCCGUAUGGAACUUAGGUUGCACCGCGGCCAGCUAUCUUGCGUGUUGUUUGAAGCGAGUUGAACGUAACCAGCUGGCUAAUAAACGAUUAACGUUUAAACCCAUCAACUAUCCCUGUUGUCGUGAGGUUCGCUUCUCUGUGAAGAAGACCGCUCGAAGCUGAGAUGAACCAAUUUGAACAUCUGAAAGAUGACGACCUAGAGGAUCAGGAUGAGACGGUCUGUAACCGGGAGGAAGACUGCUCCAUCAACAACAAUCGACGCAAGACGGUGAGUCCUGCAGCAGGGGAACAUCCUCUACAGUAUAACUACACCUUGUGGUAUUCUCGGAGGACUCCGUCCCGGCCCGCCAACACACAGAGUUAUGAACAGAACAUCAGACAGAAAGGAGCAGUAGUGAAUGUGGAGCAGUUCUGGAAGUUUUACAGUCACCUGGUGCGACCGGGAGAUCUGACUGGCCACUCUGACUUCCACCUGUUUAAAGAGGGAAUCAAACCCAUGUGGGAGGAUGAAGCUAAUAAGAACGGGGGGAAGUGGAUCAUCAGGCUGCGGAAAGGUCUGGCCAGCAGGUUCUGGGAGAACAUUAUUCUGGCCAUGUUGGGAGAACAGUUCAUGGUGGGAGAGGAGAUCUGUGGGGUGGUGGUCUCUAUACGCUUCCAGGUACGUAUGUUCACACAUGCCACACACACACACACACACACACACACCACUAACCGAAUCCGAGACACUCUUCGACGCGUCCUGAACCUCCCUCCCAACACCAUCAUGGAGUACAAGACACACAACGACAGCCUCAAGGAUAAUUCCAGCUUCCGCAACACAAAGAUCACCCUGUGAAGAGAUGGAGGGAGACGGAAGAGUGGAGAGACUGGAGUGGAGGGAGGGAGAGACUGGAGUGGAGGGAGGGAG